GGCGGAGCGGCCGCCAUUUUGGCUUCUCCUUCCCUCGGCGGCGCUUCCGCUCCUCAGCGGCUGAAGUAAACAAGGGGGCGGCGGCGGCGGCGGCCGGAGCGCGAGGCCGGGCUUUCUUCUUCCCCUCUCGGGGCAGCCGAAGGCGGUCGGGGAGUCGGGCUGAGGAGCAGCUGCCCGUCUGAGCCGGAGGGGGCCACUGAUGAGGCGGCAGCAGAGGAGGCGGCGAAGCGGCCCCGGCCCGGGUUAAGUGACGCGCGGGACGCAGCUGACGGCGGCAGAAUGAAACGAGGAAGAAAAAACAGCAAAGCCAGCGAUCAUUUGCCAGACGAGGAGAAUACAGCAGAUGGCAAAAAGCUGAAGACAGCAGAUGAAGGGUCCGCUGGAGGGCUUCAGAGCCCCGAUUGGGGGGACCUCAUUCCAGACAUCGUCCUGCAGGUGUUCCAGUAUUUACCUCUUCUUGAUCGUGCUCAUGCAUCGCAGGUCUGCCGUAGGUGGAACCAAGUGUUCCAUAUGCCUGAACUCUGGAGAUGUUUUGAGUUUGAACUGAAUCAGCCGGCUACGUCUUAUUUGAAAGCUACUCAUCCGGAGCUCAUUAAGCAGAUAAUCAAAAGGCAUUCCAAUCAUCUCCAGUAUGUUAGUUUCAAGGUGGACAGCAGCAAGGAAUCAGCUGAAGCAGCUUGCGAUAUUUUAUCACAGCUUGUGAAUUGCUCCUUAAAAACUCUUGGAUUAAUUUCCACCGCUCGACCAAGCUUCAUGGAUUUACCAAAGUCACACUUUAUUUCUGCGUUGACGGUAGUGUUUGUAAACUCCAAGUCACUUUCUUCACUUAAGAUAGAUGAUACGCCAGUAGACGAUCCAUCUCUCAAGGUACUAGUGGCUAACAACAGUGACACCUUGAAACUGUUAAAGAUGAGCAGUUGUCCUCAUGUUUCUCCAGCAGGUAUCCUCUGUGUGGCUGACCAGUGCCAUGGCCUCCGUGAGCUGGCGUUAAAUUACCACCUGCUGAGCGAUGACCUCCUCCUUGCUCUGUCAUCAGAAAAACACGUCCGGUUAGAACACUUGCGCAUAGAUGUAGUCAGCGAGAAUCCUGGACAGACACACUUCCAUGCAAUCGAGAAGAGCAGUUGGGACGCUUUCAUCAGACAUUCUCCCAAAGUAAAUUUAGUCAUGUAUUUUUUCUUAUACGAAGAGGAGUUUGGCCCGUUCUUUCGUUAUGAAACACCGGUCACUCACCUAUAUUUUGGGAGGUCAGUAAGCAAAGAAGUUCUUGGCAGAGUUGGAAUGACAUGUCCGCGGCUGGUGGAAUUGGUGGUAUGUGCCAAUGGAUUGCGGCCACUGGAUGAAGAGUUGAUUCGCAUUGCAGAGCGCUGUAAGAAUCUGUCAGCUAUUGGCCUUGGGGAGUGUGAAGUCUCCUGCAGUGCCUUUGUGGAGUUUGUGAAGAUGUGUGGUGGCCGUCUUUCUCAAUUGUCUAUAAUGGAAGAAGUUCUGAUUCCUGACCAGAAGUACAGCUUGGAGCAGAUUCAUUGGGAAGUGUCAAAACAUCUGGGUAGAGUCUGGUUUCCAGAUAUGAUGCCCACAUGGUAAAGUCUCUGAAGACUUCAUGUGGAAUAGCACCUUACACUUUGAGUAUACCAUAUUGCAACUUAAACCAUAUAAGCUUAUUUAACACCAUAGAGUUUUGUUGUAAUGUGUUGUAGAAAUAUUAAUGUACUAUUUAAUGCUGGCUUUUAAAAACUAGGUUGAAGGGAACAAUCUAAGGAUGUUCAGAGCACUUGUCCAUAUUAAAACAUUUUCUAGUUAUGUUCUUUUUUCCAUUGAGUCAGGCCUCUAAUGUAUAUAGAAAAUUCAACAAGCGGACUCACAUGCAGAUUCUGUUGUUCCAGUUUUGCAGACACGCAUUAGAGCAAUGAUCCCCUGGCAUGAUUCCUGCCGUUAUGUUUCCUUGGCCCCACUUGCUUCUUCCCCUUAGUAUCUUCCCCCAUAGGAAAGAGCCAGUCUUGGCUUUUAUCUACUCCCUUGGAGUAGGAGGUACUUGAGAAGAGCCAGGAGGCAUCCCCUUUGCACCUGCAAGGAACACUCAUUUGAAAACAGCUGCCUCCAUCAUAGGCAGAUGCUCGGCUUGAAAUGUGACAUUUUGUGAAACCUCCUAGCAUUUGGGGUUGGUAGCAGCCAUUCAAAAUGUGCCCACAGAUUCAGCCCUGCUGGAGACCCCUGCAUUACGGUAUUUUAUUCUGCUACUUUAGGCUCCAUUAUUGACUGAAAAACAAUUUGUAGGGAGAAGGAUUGUUAAAAACUUGCAGUUGCUAACAGCAUCUAGGUUGUAAAACAAUCAGCUGUUUAGACUACAAAGCAUAUUUAGGUUUAUUGCAUAGCAUACAGUAAUCAAUAUGCUAUUGAAUAUUUUGAUAAAACUAGAAAGACAGAGCAAUACAGCUGUAUAGUUGGACAUAAAUCUUGUAUGUAGAAAAAGUAAUUAGUUGUAUGCUGCCUAUUAAAUUACUUUAGAAAAUA